AUGCAUCAACGCCUGUCACUUGCCAUUCUCUUGAUCCUCUCAUUAUUGAGCUCCCUUGCCCUAUCCCAACCCAAUUUCCCACCUGAAUUUUCCACUCUCGUCUAUCAAAACGAAGGUGGUUUUGUCGAUUCCAAUUCUGCCAAAAUUGCCUUCAUUCGUAUCAGCAACUCGUGGAAAAUCAAAUCCGAACGACUCGAAGUUCAAUUUUUCAAUGAACCUCUCCAAAUUCAACUUCACAAUGGAAACACUCAAUUCAUCUUUUAUCCACACAACAAGACAUGCACUGUGACUGAAUUGGGAUUUCCUCCACUCCCUCCUGAUUGGCUUCUUAACUCCACAUUUAUUGGAUACGAAACUGUCAAUAAUGUACCAUGUAGAAAAUGGAAACGUUUGACAUCUACCUAUUGGGAAAGUGCUGUGAGUGGAGAGCCAGUUCGUGUGAAUGAAUCGGAUUUCUUUGUGUGGAAUUAUGUCUCUGGAACUUUCAAGGCAGGUCCACAAGAUCCCUCGGGUUUCAUUGUUCCAUCGUAUUGUUUAAAGAAGUAA